AUGGCUCCCUCUGACCACUCUCUUGUCCCUUCAUUCUUGUAUUCAUCAAAUGCACUCUCCCUUUUGGAUAAAACCAAUCAUGGGUUGUCAUCAUCUUCCAUUAUAUCACAUUCAUCAACAUCAUCACCACCCAUGAUCCAUGCACCCAAGGAGAGAAUCCGCAUGUUUUCUCCUGCUUACUACGCUGCAUGCAGUGCUGGUGGCGUCUUCAGUUGUGGCCUCACCCACAUGGCCGUCACUCCUCUUGAUCUUGUCAAGUGCAACAUGCAGAUUGACCCUGUAAAGUACAAGAGCAUCACAUCAGGAUUUGGAGUUUUGUUGAAGGAGCAAGGAGCUAAGGGUUUCUUCAGGGGAUGGGUGCCUACUUUGCUUGGAUACAGUGCUCAGGGAGCAUGCAAGUUUGGAUUUUAUGAGUUCUUCAAGAAGUAUUACUCAGAUCUUGCAGGACCUGAGAAUGCAGCCAAGUACAAAACACUCAUAUAUUUAGCUGGUUCUGCCUCAGCAGAAGUUAUUGCCGAUGUUGUACUUUGCCCCAUGGAGGCAGUCAAAGUUCGUGUACAAACUCAACCUGGCUAUGCUCGAGGUUUGUCAGAUGGGUUACCCAAGUUUAUCAAGGCUGAGGGUGCUUCUGGGUUGUAUAAAGGACUCGUUCCUCUUUGGGGACGUCAAAUUCCAUACACAAUGAUGAAAUUUGCUUCCUUUGAGACGGUUGUGGAAAUGAUAUACAAAAAUGUCAUCCCAACUCCUAAAGAAAAGUGCAGCAAAAAUUUGCAACUUGGAGUCAGUUUUGCAGCAGGAUACAUAGCAGGUGUACUAUGUGCAAUUGUCUCACACCCUGCUGAUAACCUUGUUUCCUUUCUCAACAAUGCCAAGGGAGCCACUGUUGGUGAUGCUGUGAAGAAGAUCGGGCUUGUGGGUCUUUUCACUCGUGGCCUUCCUCUUCGUAUAGUAAUGAUUGGAACACUAACUGGAGCCCAGUGGGGACUCUAUGAUUCAUUUAAAGUAUUUGUGGGGCUGCCUACUAGUGGUGGAAGUGCUCCUGCACCAGCACCUGUGAAGUAG